AUGCCCCCUAUGGCCCCUUUGUGGUCCGUCAGACCAGCUCUACUAGGUGUGGGCAGGAUAUGCUCCAUAACCUCUUCUGUGUCGCUCAUAUAGAAUUAGCCCUGUAGAUUUAGCCUUUAGCAUCGAUGUUCAGGUCUCUCUGACAAAACCCUCCAAAUCUUCUGCGCGUGUACACACACAACCACACACACCUCAUGUUUCUUUAGCAGUCUGGGUGUUGUGCAGGCGAAGAGAAACAACGCUGGCAGAGACGACCUGAGUGCGGCUACAUGUGUGACCAUUUACUCGCGGCUUCCCACACGGCCUUAGCUAACAGCUAGUUCCAUUAGGCGGACUUUCAUCACUCUUUUCGCCCUCGAUUGUUUUGUUUUUUUGCGGCAGCUUCAGAUCAACUUGUUAAGGAUUUAACUUUUUGUGUACUUGCUAAAAAGGACACUUUUAUUUUUUUCCUCAAAGACACUUCCUUUAGCCACUUUUGCUAACUCUAAAUAAGCUUCGGUUUUUUAUUUUAGCUGGAUCUCAUAAAUCACGAUGUGGGAGUUCCGCUCUAUGAUGUUCUGGCGGGCAGUGUUCGCUGAGUUUUUCGGCACCAUGUUCUUCGUGUUCUUCGGGAUGGGCGCAGCGCUACGCUGGACCUCCGGGCCGUACCAUGUCUUCCACACCGCCCUCUGCUUCGGUUUUGCUGCUGCCACGUUCAUCCAAUCCAUCGGCCACAUCAGUGGAGGACACAUCAACCCAGCCGUCACCUUCGCCUACUUAGUCGGCUCUCAGAUGUCCUUUUUCCGAGCUUUCUUCUACAUCUGCGCUCAGUGCCUGGGGGCCAUGGCAGGAGCCGCGGCCCUUUAUGGAGUUACACCCAACAACAUGAGAGGCACACUGGCACUUAACACGCUGCAGCCCGGCAUGAGUCUCGGCAUGGCGACUACAGUGGAGGUGUUUCUCACCUUGCAGUUGGUGGUUUGCGUUUUCGCCGUGACAGAUGAGAGACGAAACGGCCGUCUGGGUUCUGCCGCUCUGUCUAUUGGCUUCUCUAUCACCAUGGGCCACCUGAUGGGGAUGUACUACACUGGAGCUGGCAUGAACCCAGCUAGAUCUUUCGCUCCUGCUGUCAUCACAAGGAAUUUCAUCAACCACUGGGUGUAUUGGGUGGGACCUAUGAUUGGUGGCGCUAUGGGUGCCAUCCUGUAUGAUUUCAUGCUGUUUCCCCGUAUGCGGGGUCUCUCCGAGCGGCUAGCCACUCUCAAGGGCAGCCGAUCCUCAGAGGACGAGAACCAGCAGGAGACCCGCGGGGAGCCCAUCGAGCUGAAGACUCAAACCCUAUAAACCUGCUAAGAACCUGUGGACCGAAAUCUGGCUCUACCUCACUGGACCAUCUCGCCGCCUCAAGAAACAGUCAAUACGCCUCAGUUAAUAAAAUCCCGCGCUGAGGGUGGCAUAUCCUCGCUAAAAUCAUUAAGGGAGAUGAAUUGAGUACACUAUUUUGUUUAGUAUUCUAGGUUUGUUGCUGAUAUUAAUGCAGGGCAGGGGGCGGAGCUGAGGCAGGGUUCGAGUGGAUGUGGGCGGGGCUAGAGCUGUUUAUUUAGGCAUGCUUUUCACUUUUCAUCUGACUUCACUUUCACAAUUCAUUUUCAGUUUCGUUUUCUACAACACCAAGAUGUGGAUGUAUGCAACUUAACCAGGGUUUCACACUUUUUACUUUUAAUUUCACGUGGGUGUGCAAGUGAGUGCAAAUGUGUGGGUAAUUUUGUGUGUGUGAGGGAGAGCGUGCCCAGGUAGGCCCUAUGUACAUGUGUUUAGCUUGCGCAUGAUGAUCAAGUGUAUGUGUGAGUGUGUCUGUCAGCUGAGCAAUUCUUUUGGGUUUUUAUCAUUACAGCUCACUCGUGUUUGUACCAUGCUUAUGUUUUUCUUUCUUUCUUAUUUUUACGGGACCCGAAGACACCCCAAACUGUCUUUGCAAUUGCUUCUCAAGUUUACAGUGUCUGUGUUGCCUUUCAUUAAAUCUUGUUUGAGGAUAACAUCCAUGACUGGGCAAAAAAAGCAAUAUGAAUCAUAUUUGAAUGCAAAUAAAUACAUGAAAAAGAAAGAGUGUUUGUAU